UUUCCGGAGGAAGUUUGACAACAAUGCUUCAUCCACAGAAGAAGAAGCAGACUUUUUGUAUUCCACAAAUGGUUUUCCAUCAGAUUUCAUCACUUCUUCUCAAGGUUUCUACAUCAACAGGAAAACAUUUUUUCUGUAGAGUUGGAGCACUGACAGCUGCUGAAAGGACUGGAUGGUUGAAUGACACACCACCAGAGAAAGUCAGAGCUGCAGCAAAGUGAAACGCAGAAACAGAAAAACCAAGGCGACCUACUACCUUCACAGUUUGUUCUGUUCUUCAGUCUCCGUGCAGUAAAAAUAAAAUCAUGGGGGCCAACAACCUCAACAUGAACUCUGACCCCGCUGGGUCACGACCCCCUGCCCGGCACCGGAGUCCCUUCAACAGCAUCAAGUUUUUUGUGUUUUGCCACAGUUUGCUGCAGCUGGCGCAGCUGUUGGUGUCGGGCUACAUGAAGAGCUCCAUCUCCACAAUCGAGCGGCGCUACGGCCUCUCCAGCCAGAAGUCGGGGAUCCUGGCCGCCUUCAACGAGGUGGGGAACACAAUCCUCAUUGUCUUUGUGAGUUUCUUUGGGAGUCGAGUCCACCGGCCGCGGUUAAUCGGAGGCGGAGCUCUGCUGGCCUGCCUGGCCUCGCUGCUGAUGGCGAUGCCGCACUUUGUGAGCGGACUGUACGACUACACCGACCGCAUCAGCUCCUCCAGUGAUAACAGCUCUGGACUCUGCCAAUCAGAGAGCACACUUAUCACCUCAUCCUCCAAUCAGAGCUGCAGCCAGCAUGAGAGCCCCGCCCAGCAGGUGGUGUACCCUCUGCUGCUGCUGGGUCAGCUGCUGCUGGGUAUCGGAGCCGUCCCCAUCCAGCCCUUCGGCAUCUCCUACAUCGAUGACUACGCCAGCAAGAAGAACUCACCGCUCUACCUCGGCAUCCUCCUCGCUGUGACCUCCAUCGGCCCGGCCUUUGGCUUCAUCACCGGCUCCUUAAUGCUGCGCUUUUAUGUUGACUUUGACAAGUUAUCCGAAGACCAAAUCAAGUUGAACCAUAAGGACCUGCGCUGGGUGGGAGCCUGGUGGCUCGGCUUCCUGGUGGCGUCCUGCCUCCUCUUCCUCACUGCGCUGCCUUACCUCUUCUUCCCCAGAAACAUGCCCAAAGAGGACGACGCAGACGAUGUCGAGUCCAGGCCGGACACUAAGCAGCAGCAGAUCGACCCGCUCCAGGAAGUGUCUCUCCUUCAGUUCCUCAAAAGUUUUCCUCGCAUCGCUCUGCGAACACUGCAGAGCCCCAUCUACCUGCUGGUGGUUCUGGCGCAGGUCAACCUGGCGGCGCUGCUGGCCGGCCUCGCCACCUUUAUGGCCAAGUUCAUUGAGAGACAGUUCAGCCAGACUGUCUCCCUUUCCACCAUGAUGAUAGGAGGAGUUUGCAUCCCACUGGCAGUGCUGGGCACCGUCCUGGGCGGAGCUCUGAUGCGGAGGUUGAAUAUUUCGGUCAGCGGUGCCAGCAAGUUGUGCUCCGCUGCCAUCCUGUUCUGCAUGUUCUCCUCCACGCCGCUGUUGCUCAUUGGCUGUCCCACCCAGAAGGUCGCUGGGGUCUUUCCUUACAGCCCUGAUGCGUUGUCGUGCAGCGAUGGCUGUCGGUGUCCUAACGAGGCAUUUAACCCGGUUUGUGGUUCGAACGGCGUGGAGUUCCAGUCUCCCUGCCACGCCGGCUGUAGUGCCGUAGAGACAGAUACCUCCAACAAAGCUAUAAACUACACUGAGUGUCGGUGUGUCGGCGGUCUCGGCUUCGCCUCUCCUGGGACCUGCGGCAGCGGAUGCUCCCACCUCCUCCUCCCCUUCGUUGCUCUGCUCGGCCUCACCAGCUUCGUCGCCUCCUUCUCACAGACCCCCUCCUACAUGAUGAUACUCAGGACGGUGCCCACAGAGGACAAGUCUUUUGCAGUGGGAGUUCAGUACAUGCUGUUCAGAGUGCUCGCGUUCAUGCCCGGCCCGGUGUUGUACGGCAGUGUCAUCGACACCACCUGCAUCCUGUGGGGUAAAAAGUGCGACAAGCAGACCUCCUGUCACUAUUACAACCUGGACGCCUUCAGACAGAGGUUUCUGGGUCUGCAGGUGGUUUUUGUGUGCGGGGGACUGCUCUGCUUCCUGUUGACCAUCGUGGUCCUGCGCAGGAGGGCCAGACGUCAGGAACCACAGCUGGAAAGUAAAGGAGGGUACGAGCUGGUGAAUGAGCAGAAAACCCAGGAGAACGCUUCGUCCAAAGAAAAAGAACUGAAGGGCAUCAAGACCUGAAAAAACACAACAAGCGGACGCAGGACAGAAAGACGCAGAGGCUGAAGGAGAAAAAGGAAGAGUUCAGAAAGUAGGCUAAGAUGGUCGGAAAGGAACAUGGAAGCUGCCACACUGCUGCGAGUCACUCAGUGUGUGCUGAGUGUUUCUCCUGCCUUCCAUGUAAAGGACCAGUCAGCCUGCAUAACAAGGCUAAGAUACUUUUUGAUAUCAUAUUUUAUUACAUCCAUACUUUAAAUGCUCUGCUAACAUUUCCAGUGUUGGAAGAAGUAUUUUUUAACUUAAAAAGUAGCAAUACCACAGUGUAGAAAUACUCCUAUUGGCUUCAAAUGGACUUAAAGUACCCAGUCCGUUUCAAAACAAUCAAUAUGAUAUAUAAUUGGAUUAUAUUUUUCAUGCAUUCUGGUGAAAGUAUUUUAAUUACUUUAUAUACUGCUAGGUAGCUUAAUCUAUAAUGAUCAUCACAAUAAUCAUCUUAAUACAUAACUUUGUUGAUUAUAAUUUGUGCUAAUAAUCUGAAUCUGCAAGUAACUAGUAACUAAAUCUGUCAGACAAAUGUAGAGGAGUAAAAAGUCCAAUAUUUGCCUCUAAAAGUGGUGGAGUAGAAGUAUAAAGUGGCAUAACAUAAGCUGAUCCAUAUAUUGUGACUUAUAUGAUGUAUACACUGUUUUUAUAUGAUGUAGUGAGCCCAACCAAAUGUUGAAUCUGGUGCUGACGUUUAAUAAGCUGCAGUUCCUUUAAUGACCACUAGGAUCCGCUCAAAGAAAACUCUGACUGUAUUGCAGUGAAUGUGAAAACUCCCAAUUAGCUGUGAAAUGCUAGCUGCUUGGCUCUAGAGAUAGCAAUGUCUGCCGCUACUUUGGUCCAGGCUGAAAUUUUAAACUAUUUUGAGAUUAUUAUUAUUAUUAUUACUUUGGUGAUCCUCUGAUUUGUCAUCUAGCGCCGUUCAUCAAUUGCAAUAGCUGGGUUUCAGCCUGUGCAGGGCAGUCGCUAUGCAUACUUAUAACACAAUAUGUAGAAUUCAAAUACUUUGCACUAAAAUGUCAAGAUUUGGGCCUGAAUCCAUCAGCAACACUACUAAAUACCCAUAUACAGUGGUUUUCAGCCGAAAAAAGUGGUUUAGGGGUUUAGCUACUCUUAGUCUGGGUUUGAUUACAUUAAAUGAUAGACUUUGGCUGGUGUUAGGCAUCCAUAUUUGUUUGGUUUUCGGGUAUUAUUAAGUGACGAGUCAGAUAUUUCUGCAGUUUGAGAAAAAUCUGAGUUUCCCAGUAGUAAUUACGAUUUGGAUGUCGACAUGAUCUCUAUUUACAAGUCGGAAACUCAUAAUUACUCAGAUUUAAUAAGACUGUGGCAUAAAUACAGCCUCACAGAGCCACUAGCAUGACUGUAGACUCUUGCGACCUUCUCUUACGUCCUUAAUUACACCUAGCUUUAGCUUCUUUUUGCUCAAAUUAAGGCUUUCUGGCUCCAGUAGUUUCCAGGCUCAGGGACAGCUCUGAGCUGUGAGGUGAUUUUGGUGUCGUGGCCACAGUCGGUACUGCAGGUCACAUGACUCACACACUUGCUAACUGGACAAUCAUUGAAUAAGAAAUGGCUAUAAAAAGCAUGGAUACAUUUUUAUGAGCAUCAAAAUUACUCUGAAAUGGUAUUGAGCCAUCAAAAGGUCUUGGGGUGCCCUGGUGGCCGAGGGAUUAAAGGGACAGUUCACCCCAAAAUCAAUUCCUCUCACCUGUAGAGCUGUUUAUCCAUCUAGAUAGUUUUGGUGUGAGUUGCUGAGUUUUGGAGAUAUUGGCUGUAGAGAUGUCUGCAUUUUUUUUUUAUGAUGGGACUAUAUGGCACUCGGCUUUUACUCAUGAUUCGUACAUUUGAAAAACUCAACAGCAACGUCUCUUUCCAGAAAUCAUGACCCGGUUAAUCAAGAUAAUCCACAGAUUAGUUGUGAGCAGUCUUUCUACCAAUAGUUCCUACAUGAAACAACAAAUCUGUGGAUUAUCUUGAUUAACAGGAUUAUGCCCUAAAAAUAAAAAUAAAAAGGUCUGUAAAGAGCUGUAACCCUAAACACCAAAGUAUCCAGAUGUCUUAAUACAGCCAUGAGAGCUUUGGAAAGCCGUGGGAGAUGUCACAGACACUACAUCCAUGUUUUUCUGAGAUUGAAGAGCAAACUGAACGUGUUGACAUUUUAAUAGUCAUAUGACUCGGCUGGCAUCUGGCCAUCAUGUUGGUUCUUUGAAUUCAUUUAAAUGUCAAUAAAAAAAUAUCUGACGUGUUUUGAUUUGGGGUUUUGUUUUUAAUUAGACGAUACAAAAACCCACAAACAUUAAUCUCAGUACGUAACUGUAACUCUUAUGUUUCUUCAUUACCUCCUCUGCAGUGAUGAGACUUUACAAUCACAUGUAUUUUUUUAAGCAAAGAAAAUGUAUAAAAGCAAUUUUUUAUAGAUUCUUUUCAUCAAAUGAGUUAUUUGAUAUUUCUUUAUACUGAUGGACUGCAGCUUUAACUCAGAUCGAACAGUCUGGACCUUUUCACUGAGGUAAAAGUUUUGUUUUUGCUGUCGUCUGUAGCAUCUUUGUGUUCUCACUUUGAUCAAAAUACUGUAUAUAUUCUUGAGUUUUUUGUUAAAUGUUUUUGUUCCUUUGUUUUGUACAUUCUCCAUUAUUUUUUAGUUUUUUCUUUGUUAAUAUACUUUGACAUAUGAUGGUGUUGACUAUGUUUCAGUGUUGAAUGAAACUUUCUAAAAGGCCACUGUGCAGUACCAAGGGAACAGCUCAACCCCGGAGUUCAGAAAGACCUAUAUUACACACAUAUAUUACAACAUAUAUUGUAUAAAAAAAUGCAUCUUUGGUCCUUCGGUGGUCCAAGUGAUGCUAUUUAAAAGUGUAUUUGUAUUAUAAAGCGUAAACCCUCUGUGUAUUUGCAUUUGCAUAAUUCUACUGUUUUAGUUAGGCUCAAGUUAGCAAACUGGCUAACUAAAAUUAUUAGCUAACUAAGAUUUUCUGCCUUAUUCACUGGACUGUAGUCUAAUGUCAAAAGCGUCUGCGGUUCUGGUUGUCUUGCUUCACCUUCUGAUGUGAAAUUCUCUAUUGUUAUUCCUACGUUUGAUAAAUGUUUAUAAAUCUAAAACUCUGAGUGAAUUUUAAGAAAUUUAAUAAAUCUCUGAUAUAAAUCA